AUGGCGGAUCCUGGCAGCUCAGAGAACACAGGCCACAUGGCAUCGUUACCGGAGGGAGUAACAGAAGCAGGUCAGAAGCUUUUGUCCGACGUGGAGGCCGUGAUGGAACGAUGCAAGGCGCUGCAGGAAACAGCGGCCGGGUAUAGCCAGCGACUCAAGAGCGAAGGCGACGCUCUCGGCGAGCGUGCGAUCGCGCUCGAGAAGGAGCUUCGCGCGCUGCGAAAGAGCGUGAACGUCGCAGCGGCGAAAGACGAGAUGGAGGAGGAUAUGGUACGAGCCAGGAGAGCAUGGCGCACUGAGUGCUCUGUUACUCCCCUUCCUCCCCCCCUCCCCUCCCCCCACACUCCCCGCUCACCCAUGCGAUGGAACGCUCAGAUGGAGGAAGAACUGAUGGAGGAAGAUCUGGUGCGAGCGAGGAGCAUGGUGUACGAGGGGGAUAUAGCAGCGCUGCUGCCACACAAAGCCAACGGAUUCUUCCUGUGGCUGUUCCUGGGGCAUGUGAACGUGCGCUCGUCUCGCAGGGACGUGAGGUUCAAGGUCAAGGAGGAGUACAACAGCUACAGGGAUCGCACGGCGCUCAUCUUUCUCGGCGCGCCGCUGCUGCUGCUGGCAGCCAAGCAGGCCAUGAACCAGCGGUGCCUGCCAGGCCUCGUGGUGCACGUGUACCAGGCGUGGCUGCUGCUGUUCUACACGAGCCUGGCUCUGCGGGAAAACAUCCUCCGCAUCAAUGGCAGUGACAUCCGCCCCUGGUGGAUCUACCACCACUACUACGCCAUGCUCAUGGCCCUCCUGAGCCUUACGUGGGGCAUUGAGGGGCCGGACUGUGCAAUGAAACAGCAAGGCAUCAUGCUCUUCCUCAUGUGGGCUGUCAUUCAAGGCGUUGCCAUGCUGCUGCAGAACCGCUACCAGCGCCGCCGCCUCUACACCAGAAUAGCAUUGGGGAAGGCAGGGCAGAUGGAUGUGGUGUGGGGGGAGACAGCCGGCAUGAAGGGGCAGCUUGUGCUGCUCUACCCGCUGCUCUUCAUUCUCCAGUUCUUCCAGCUCUAUAUUGGGGUGCGCCUGCUCCGCACAUCACUCUACGAAAUGUUCGAGUGGCAGCUUUUUGCAUGUGGCAUUCUCCUUAUAGUUAUGGCAGUUGGUAACUUCACCAACACUGUAGCUACUGUGGCCACUAAGCUUACCAUCAAAGCCAAGAUGCGCAAGAAGGGCGGAGGAUCCAAUCGAGAGCCGCUAUUAUAUGCACUCUUUCUUAUCAUUCCGAUCAAGCCAACGCCCAUUUCCGUAUCCCAGCUCGCGUCGGCAUUUGCGGCGCCUCGAGAGCCGCUAUGGCCCGUAGAAGCAGUAAUCCAGCACCGAGGCGCGUGUCUGCUGCGCGUCGAGCGCCGGUUGUCACGCCGCUCCUCGCGCUGCUGCUGCUCUCGUCCUUCGCUCACCUGUCCCUCGCCAUCACUUGCGACUCGGAUCAAAACAUGGUGCGCGCUCCGCCAUUCCCUUCCUUCCCCCUCCUCCGCCAAGCCUCCGCCUCUCUCUCGCGCAGUCGCACGAAAGCAGGGUGCACUUCUCCGCUUCUUAGUCUCUUCCUCACCGCUCCCCUUAUUCGUUUCUCCUUUUUCCGCCGCCAAUGUUACUGCCCGCGGGGCAACGUCGACCAACUGUGCGACUGACCGCUUCCCACCCCCAUCCUCCGCUCCCUCCUCCCCCCCAUCCCCCGCUCCCUCCUCCCCCCCAUCCCCCGCUCCCUCCUCCCCCUCUCUCCCCCUCCUCCCCUUUUUUCCCCACCCUCCCCACCUCCGUUUUCCCCUCCGCCAGUGGUACUGCGCGUCGGGCGAUGAGUGCGUGAGCGGCGACCAGCUGUGCGACGGCACGGCGGAUUGCGGCGACGAGAGCGACGAGCAGCCGUGGGAAUGCGGGGGAUACGAGGACGGCUGUCCGCCUGAGAUGAUGCCCUGUCCGCUUAUAAACAUCGCCAACGGCCCUUGGUGCUUUGACCCUGCAGCAGCAUGCGACGGCACGGCUGACUGCCCAUGCCUUGUCCGCUCACAUCCAUCGCCAGUGCUCCCUGGUGCUUCGACCCCGCAGCACCGUAUGACGGCACUCAUCCUCUCCUCUCUUGCCCUUUUCCUCUUCACACCUUCCCGUCUGCAGACGUCCUGCCCUCUCACAUCCAUCGCAAAUGCUCCCUGGUGCUUCGACCCUGCAGCAGCAUGCGACGGCACGGCUGACUGCCCGUACGGCGCUGACGAGUGGCCGGGCUUCUGUGUCGACCUCAAGAGUACCUCCGACUGCCCGUUGACUCCGAAGCAAGUGCUCUGCCCCGGAAAACAAGCCUGCGUGACAGGUAUGGUAUGCGACGGCGUGGCAAACUGCGGUGCGGUGGCGGCCGAAGGGGGAGGGACGGUCGUUCCGGACGAAGAUCAGGAUUACUGCUCGGUGUACGAGUGUUCAGAGGGGUACUGGAAGUGUUCCGAUGGGGUGCAGUGCAUAGAUGAAACGCUCAAGUGUAACGGCAAGGCGGAUUGCAGGGACGGGAGCGAUGAGAAGGGCUGCGGCAGUGGCAGUACGACUCCCCCACCAGUUGUAACGACUCCACCUCAAGAUGUAACCACCCCUCCUAAAGAUGCAACCGGUGGAGGGGCUACAGGGGGCACGUCUGGUGGGACAUCUGGAGAUGAAACGAGUGGAGAUGGGACGGGAGAUGAAACGGGAGAUGAAACCAGCGGGGAUGGUGGGGAAGAGGGAACGGGGGAUGAAACGAGUGGAGAUGAAACUGAGGGUGGUGAUGGUGCUGCUGACGGAACGGGAGGAGAUGAAACUGACACGAGUGGUACGGCGGACGAAGCGGAAGGGGGGAACACAGUUGGUGUGGGAGAGGGAGGACAAGGCGGAACAGGAGGGAGAGGGGGAGUUGGGGGGGAAGGAAAAGGCCAAGGGAAAGGAGCAGACAAACCGCCACCAUCUCUAGACCACCCUCCUGCCAAGAAGAUCCUUCCUGUCAUCCCUCCUGUCCCAGGGUCGAUUGGAAAGGCUCUUGGGGGUGCGAGCAGCUCAGUCAGCAAUGCAGCCCAAGGUGCAGCUAAGAAGAUUGGAGAGGUUACAGCAGGAAUGAAGAAGCUUAUAACGGAGCGCAAUGCGAAGAAACCCAAGCAGCCAGGUUCAGGAUCGGGUGGGAAUGCUGGGACUGGAGCAGGCGGCGCUGCAGGUGAUUCUUCAGGUGGAAACGCAGGUGGAGCUGGUGCUGACCCGGUACACACCACACCUGAAUCUAGCUCUACUCCCAAAACCCCUAGCGCCACUGGGGGAACAGGAGGCAGCAGCAGCAGCAGUGGCAGUGGGACUGUGAAGGCUCCACUGGUGGGGGGGUUGGUGGGGGAGGUGGUAUCUAAGGCAGGAAAACAGUUAGAUGCAGUGAGGAAUGCGGUGAAUGCAGCAAGUAAGAAAGGGGUGGAGCUGGGGAGGAAGGGGAAGUCAGGCGGUGGGGGGUUGGCAAGAGGAGGGGUUAUGAAACCUGUUACCGGAGUCAAGGGAGCUAUCCAGGGUGCUGCUCAGUUGAAGAAGUUGCAGCAGAAGGCUUCUGCGGGUUCAGGUGCUGCAUCAGGUGUCGUCUUGAGUGGGAAGGGCAAGAGGAAUAAGCAGAGUAAGGAGAAGAAAGGAAAGAAGAAGGAUGUGAAGAAAGGGGGACAGAAGCAGAAGGCAAAGAACCACCAGAGGUCAAGGAAAGGUUGA